AUGUCUCUUUCUAAGAAGUUGACUUUGGACAAACUGGAUGUUAAAGAGAAGAGAGUCAUCAUGAGAGUAGACUACAAUGUUCCCAUGAAGAAAAACCAGAUUACAAACAACCAGAGAAUCAAGGCUUCCAUCCCCAGCAUCAAGUACUGCCUGGAUAAUGGAGCCAAGUCAGUAGUUCUUAUGAGUCAUCUAGGCCGCCCUGAUGGUGUUCCCAUGCCUGAUAAAUACUCUCUUGAGCCUGUUGCUGCUGAGCUCAAAUCGUUGCUGGGCAAGGAUGUUCUGUUCCUGAAGGAUUGUGUGGGCUCAGAAGUGGAGAAAGCCUGUGCCAACCCAGCUACUGGUUCAGUCAUCCUGCUGGAGAAUCUGCGAUUUCAUGUGGAGGAAGAAGGAAAGGGCCAAGAUCCUUCUGGAAAGGUGCUUAAGGCUGAGCCAGCUAACAUAGAAGCCUUCCGUACAUCACUGUCCAAGCUAGGAGAUGUCUAUGUCAAUGAUGCUUUUGGCACUGCUCAUCGGGCCCAUAGCUCAAUGGUGGGAGUGAACUUGCCCCAGAAGGCUUCAGGAUUCCUGAUGAAGAAGGAGCUAGAUUACUUUGCCAAAGCUUUGGAAAACCCAGUGAGGCCCUUCCUGGCUAUACUUGGUGGAGCCAAAGUGGCAGACAAGAUCCAACUCAUCAGAAAUAUGCUGGACAAGGUUAAUGAGAUGAUUAUUGGUGGUGGAAUGGCUUACACCUUCCUUAAAGUACUCAAAAACAUGGAAAUUGGUGCUUCCCUGUUUGAUGAAGAGGGGGCCAAGAUUGUCAACGACAUCAUGUCCAAAGCCAAAAAGAAUAAUGUGACGAUUACCUUUCCUGUAGAUUUUGUCACCGCUGACAAGUUUGAAGAGAAUGCCAAUGUUGGUCAGGCUACUGUGUCUUCUGGCAUCCCAGCUGGCUGGAUGGGUUUGGACUGUGGUUCUGAGACCAACAAGAAGUUUGCUGAAGUUGUCUCCCAAGCCAAGCUAAUUGUGUGGAAUGGACCUGUUGGGGUAUUUGAAUGGGAUGCCUUUGCUCAGGGAACCAAAGCCCUCAUGGAUGAAGUUGUGAAAGCCACUUCCAAGGGUUGCAUCACCAUAAUAGGUGGUGGAGACACUGCUACUUGCUGUGCCAAAUGGAACACGGAAGAUAAAGUCAGCCAUGUGAGCACUGGAGGAGGUGCCAGUUUAGAACUUCUGGAAGGUAAAACCCUUCCUGGAGUGGAUGCCCUCAGUGACCUGUAG